AGCCGUUGGCAUCGCUCGUGACUUCCCCAGCCUGGUGACAACCUGGGCUUCACCCCCAGCCUCCCCCGGCCGCCCCGAGCGUGGGGAUCAGCCGAGGAAGGAGGGGACAGGCAGCUGCUCGGCUUGCCCUGCCCCGGCCGGGAUGUGCCGGCGCUGAGGGGAGGGCAGGGUCGCAGAAGAAGAGCCCCGGUGGUGCCUUCGCUUCAUGCCGCUGCCCGAGGGGCUUCCACCGGCACCAUGCAGCCCUUCAGCCUGCAGAACCUCUCCAUAUGUUUCCAGCUCCUCAUGUUCUCCUGUCAGACCCAGUAUGUGAGGGACCAGGGGACCAUGAGUGACCAGCUGAGCCGCCGGCAGAUCAGGGAGUACCAGCUCUACAGCAGGACCAGCGGCAAGCACGUCCAGGUGACCGGCAAGAGGAUCACCGCCACCGCCGAGGACGGCAACAAGUUUGCCAAGCUGAUCGUGGAGACAGACACCUUUGGGAGCCGUGUCCGCAUCAAGGGGGCUGAGAGUGAGAAGUACAUCUGCAUGAGCAAGAGGGGAAAGCUCAUUGGCAAGCCCAACGGCAAGGGCAAGGACUGCAUCUUCACGGAGAUCGUGCUGGAGAACAACUACACCGCCUUCCAGAACGCUCGCUACGAGGGCUGGUUCAUGGCCUUCAGCCGGCGGGGCCGGCCCCGGCCGGCCGCCCGCAGCCGGCAGAACCAGCGCGAAGCUCACUUCAUCAAGCGCCUGUACCGCGGCCAGCUGCCCUUCCCCAACCACCCCGACAGGCAGAAGCAGUUCGAGUUCGUGGGCUCGUCCUCCCCCACCCGCCGCACCCGAGCCCCUCGUCCCCGCACGUAA